AGAGUGAACACUUUUGUUUAUUAAAUGCUUUAAUUUGAAAGCAAAAGGGAAACGAAAAUAUAAUUAGAUUAUUUUGCAUCGCUAAUUGCAAUAAAUCGACACAAAAAACUUGAUUUUGUACAAGGUAAUAUAGCUUCCAGGGAGAAUAUAUUCAAGUUCGUUCGUAUGUACAUGUUUUUAAUAUAUCAGUCAAAAUUGUAUUUGGCUUGCAAUUGUGGACGCAAUCCUCUCCAGCUUCGCGGCGGGGCUGGUUUGGAUAUAACAAUCGACAGCCGAUUUUUCAGCGAAGACACCUGAGAGACGCCGCAACAAACUUUUACCAUAUAUCAAAUACUUUGACAUCUAACUUACGUCUGGAUUAUCUAGCAACGUUUACUUCGAGCAGUUCAACAGAAAAUAGUCCGAGUCAUCAAAGCAUAAUGUCUUCCAAUUCGGAUGACGAUGUAGGAGCUAUUGUUGAUUUUGUUGGAUUACGCAGUUGCUUAGACGACAGCACAAUAACAGAAGAUCUUGACACGGCAGUCUCAUUAGAAGAGAGUCCAUUUUCCAGAUAUCGAAUAGGACAAUUUGCUCAAGGUGUAAUUGAUUUCAGUUCACAGUAUGGCAGUGAUUAUAGCAUUUCAUAUACUGCGCCAAAUAUAACUGGAAGACCAACUAAAUACCCUCUUUAUGGGGAUUUUCCAGAAACAUACGCAAUGCGUGUUUAUGGAGACUGGUGGGAUAAAGCGCCUUCCGCUAUGUUGGAAAUACAACCUCAAAAUAUACCUAAAAUUCCCGCUCAAGAUUUUAUCGUUGUCCACUUUGAAGAUUAUACGGUACCAGACAAAAUUGUAAUCUUUGAAACUUUUAACCCUGGCGCUAUAAUACGCAUAUGGGCAUACACAAUUAUAAAAACAUGGGUAUGCCUAUGGGAGGCUACUCAAAAAGCAAGUAACUCUUUACCUCAUGAAGCACGCAGUUUUUUGCCAACAAUAAAAAAUAUUGGAUUACCUACCAGAAUCAUAAGACUAGAAUUCAAUCACUCGGAUUUAAAUUACUUCACUGAAAUUGAUGGAAUAUUACUCUAUGGGCAAAAUGUUAGUAUACGAAAUCUGCAUCAAAUUGUUGACCAAUACUACAAUCGCGGAAAAAGCGGAACAAUACUGAGUAAACUACAGAGCAUACAAUUUCGUCCAGACUUUAGGGAUGACUAUAAAAAUCAAUUACAAGAUUUUAUAAGCAAAGAUUUAAACAAAUUUGUUACGUCUUUACCAAAUGAUAAUGAAAUUACAAUUGAUAACACCAAAGCAGAGAAACAACUCGAUUUAAAUGAUAUGCCGUUCGAAAUAAUGCUUAAAGUAUGCAGUUAUCUUGAUCUGCAGUCAUUAUUCCGUAUGAGUUUGGUGUGCAAAACUUUAUAUGCUGUAACCACACAUCCUCUACUUUAUCGGGAACUUAAUUUGAAGCCUUUCUGGCAUUUGGGUUCCAAUGAAUUGCUUUGUACACUCGCAAAAAGGGCCACAUUAUUAAGGAAAUUGGACUUAUCUUGGUGUGGAUUAUAUAAUUCUAUAUCACCUACUGAAUUCAAAAAGUAA